UCAAAAUAUUGAACCUGACGUGAAUCGAACACGCAACCUUCUGAUCUGGAGUCAGACGCGCUACCAUUGCGCCACAGAUCCACAUGUUGUAUUGUGUUUAACGAAAAUCAUAUUUCAGAGUUAUAACUUGUUUCCCCAACAAAACUAUUACAAAAAUACACAAAAGCGGGAAGAACAAAUUUUUGUUGAUUCAAAGUACAAUUGAAACUGUGAACUCAAAAAUGAACAGAAAUGGCUCGCAAUCGAAGUUGGAGCUUCCAAUUGGAAACGCUAUUUCCAGAAUCCAAUUUGCUCCUCACUCUAACAACCUUCUCAUUUCGUCUUGGGAUACUGGUUUUUCAGUGUCUUCGUUUAUACGAUUUUGACGCUUCCGUUCUCAGACUCGAAUCCCCUUCGGAAUUGGCUCUUCUCGAUUGUUGCUUCACAGAUGAAGAUACAGUUGCUUUUGCAGCUGAUUCUGGUGGAUUUAUCACAAGGUAUGACUUGCAUUCUGGAGUUGUUGAUCAAAUCGGUAAUCAUGAUGACAUGGCAACAUGCAUUGGAUAUUCCAAUGAAACAUGUUUGUUAAUUACUUCGGGAUUUGACAACAAGUUAUUGUCAUGGGACGUUCGUACGAAGAAGGCAUCUUCAUUGUCGAGGAGUUUAGAUGAAGAGAUAGAAUCCAUGUCUAUCUCUGGGUUUAAGGUUACCGUAGGCAUUGGAGCAUCUGCCCAUGUUUUUGAUUUCCGAAACUUUGACAAACCAACUUUGUCAAUGGAGCCUUGUAGUGGUACACAGUUAAGAUGUGUCAGUUCGAUUCCUUAUGCAGAAGGAUUUGCAGCCGGAUCAAUGGAUGGACGGGUUGCAUUGCAUGUUUCAAAUUCAUCAAAUUUAAAUGACACUGGAUAUGCAUUCCGAUAUCAUCCGAAAUCAAAAGAUGGUCGGUACCAUUUGACAUCUAUAAAUGACAUUGCGUUCAGUCCACUUGUGUCCCGUGCAUUUGUCACCGGUAAUGAUGAGGGUUAUGUUUCCAUAUGGGAUGCUAGAAGUACGAAAAGACUGAUUGAGUUUCCCAGAUACUCAAAUAGUGUUGCAUCCUUAUCUUACAACCAUUCGGGACAGCUUCUAGCUGUAGCAUCGAGUUAUACUUACCGAGAAGCAAAAGAAAAAAGAUUGGAGCCUCCUCAAGUGUUUAUACAUAAAGUAGACGACAUUAAUUUCGGAUCAAGUUCUGCAUAAAGUAGAUGACAUUGAUUUUGGAUCAAGUUAUGCCCAUUUUGUAGAGGAAGUUGCAGUCUAGUUGUUUAUAUGUUCAUUAUUAUGAUUAUUAUUAUUAUUUUUAUUUGUUUUUAGUUGAUGACACGUGUAAGAGAAUAUAGUAUUUUUGUUGUUUUACACUAAGCAUAGUUUGGUAUGGUCCUAGUAAUUGGAGCCUAUAUAAGCCCAUUUUAGGAAAUAGAGAAGACUUGCCUUAAUUAUGUAAGCUUUGUAACUUAAUUUGUCUUAGCUUUGAUUUAAUGAAAUUUCUCCUAAAGAAUUGAGUAAA